AUGGAAUCCACCAAAAUAUUGCCUCCUUUGCUGUUUAACAUCAUGAUGGAUUGUGUAACGCUGAAGUUCAUCAUCCCAAGUAAUAACAAAGAACAGACCAUUAGGGAGCGUCGCAGCUCAAAAUACUUUGCUACUAACAGCUCGUACGCCUACGAUACUGUGCUGCUGUGCGACUCCUUAAGCGGCUUACAGACAUUUACUGAAAGGAUGUGCAACGCAGCUGUGGGAAAGGAACGGGCAAUUAGUCAACGUCAACGUGAAGACUACGAGAACGAAAGCCACAAAGUGUUAACGAAGGCUGCUAUGGCUUGGUAUUGCGAUGGAACAAUGGAAAAAAUAGACCAUUCCGAGUGA